ACGUCAAUCACUUUCGUGAGAUAUUUCUAAUUUGAUAACAAAAAAUAAUUGAAACAACAAUAAAAUUAUGUUUUCCUGAUAAAAGCAAGACUCAAUAACAUAAGUGUAUAUCGUACCACCGUUUGUGAUGCAUUUGAUACCUAGUUAAUAAGUGAUUUUAGUUAAUUCGUCGUGUUAUUACAAACCAAUCAGGCUAUAAAAUGACUGACUACACAGUUAGGAUAGCUGCUGAAUCUCUGCUGGGAGGCAGUUCGCAGUAUAGGACUUUAUCUCAUUCUCAAUCUGUCAACCUGGUGACAGAAGACCUGGUGGCAGGCCACCGGCCAGAUGGCAGGAUGUCGACAGUCAGGCGGUUUUUCUGUCUGUUCGUCACCUUUGAUCUGCUGUUCACUAGUCUCAUGUGGCUCAUAUGUGUUAUGAUGAAGGGUGAGACGCUAGAACAGAUAGUAAAUAGAGAAAUAGUACAUUAUAGCAUUAAAGUAUCUCUAUUUGACAUAGUUCUGGUGGCGAUAUGUAGGUUCUUCCUAUUGUUGCUGUUCUACGGCGUGCUGUAUAUACAUAACUGGAGCGUUAUAGCGCUCACCACGUCAGGGACGUGUGCCUUUUUAAUAGCCAAAGUUUUUGUAUACGAUUGGCCAAACGCGGCAGAACCAGUGUUCCAAGUGUUCCUAAUCCUGGCCUCAUUCACGCUGUCCUGGGGCGAGGCCUGGUUCCUGGACUUCCGAGUACUACCCCAGGAGCUGCAGGCCAAGCAGAUCAUAGAGGCUAUAGCAGGCCACCAUAACCAGAGCUCAGAGCGGACGCCGCUAUUACCCGGCAAGCCUCAAGGCGUGGCGUCCACCGUCGGCGAAUCGACUGCCCAUUGGUUUUCACCAGUGGACUCCCCUGCCGGCACACCACGGCCGGGGAUACAUCAUCUAAUACUUACACAAGAGCAGAUAGACGAAUACAAACGAAUGGCAGAGGAGAGUAUGCGGCACGCGUACAAAGUGAUCACACUGCCGAACUGGAAGUUCGAGAAACGCGGCGUUACCAAGGGGGACAUAGUGGAAACUAGGCAGACGGAGACAUUUGGGAAAGUGUACCGGUUUACUGGCCUAGUAGACUGCCCUGCGGAGUUCCUGUUCAGAGAGUUCAAAGAUAACGUCACCAAACUGCCGGACUGGAACCCAACCAUACUCCGGAGUGAACUCAUCAAGGAGAUCGGAUCAGGAAUAGAUCUGUCAUAUCAAGUGACGGCGGGCGGCGGGAAAGGGAUCAUCGCGCCUCGAGACUUCGUCAUACUGCGACGUUGUGCACCGCUCAACAAGCAGGGUAUGGUGGUGGAAUCGGACCCCUACAGCUACAUCAGCAGUGGGGUUAGUGUCACCGUGCCCGGAUAUCCCCCCAACAAGGAAUUCGUCAGGGGUAACAACAAAGUGGGUUGUUGGUACUUGAAACCAGUCCUGGUGAGAAUGCCAGACGGUACAGAAACGUACCAGACGCAGUUCCAAUGGCUUAUGUGCUGUGAUCUUAAAGGUAAAAUCCCUCAGUUCGUGCUCGACGCCGCCUUCGCUACGGUGAUGCUGGACUAUAUCGUUCAUGUCAGGAAAUUCACGGCCGAAGCCAGGGCCAAAGGCUUGUUCUAACUCUAAUGUUAUUUAACCCUUUGAGCCACUUGCACCAUUCACUAUCCCGGGGUUAACCGGUUAAACCUGGAGUAACCAUGUACCAGUACACUGACACUGGGUUAACGGUUUAACCAGUUAACCCCGGGUUAGUGGGACUCUUAGAGCAACCAAUAGCGUCUCCCGAGCGUCGUCUAGUGAACUCUGGCUGCUGCUCGACGCAACGUCGGCGACGCCAUUUUCCAUAGCGCUGACUAUACUCUGUAUCUU